GGGGGCUGUGCGGAUUCGACGAGGAUCGCCCGCGAAACGUUUCGCGCAUGUACGCGUUUUGACACCAGGGCAGCCAGCAGUCGACCCUCGGUUUCUCUCGGCAGACGCGAGUUUUUCUCGGGGCUCACGUUGUCGCUGAGCUUUCUUCGCAUUCUUCUCCCUUCCCUCGCUUCCUUUUUCGCCUCUCUCGCGUCUCUGCUGCUCCUCUCGCCGUUGGCUCUCGACUGGCAGGCCGCUUCCCACGCACAUGCGACGGCGCAUGCGCCUUCUUGAGGUGUCUUGACAGCACACUAAACCGGUCUCUCUUCCCUUGCUGCUUCGACCAACGUCAGCGAUUUUCUGCUAGAAACAUGGCGGACCGCGGCGGGUCUUCCGCCGCCUCUCCUGCUCUCUCGCCUGCGGUCGAGGAGCUGGUUUCCCUGAACCUCGACGACCUUUCGCGCUUCUGGAAGAGCCUCGAAAAGGAGUGUCUCGACACGCAGAGAAGAUGCAAACGCGUGGAUUCCCAGGAUCUGCUGCUCCAGUUCCUUCACCAAAUUCCGCCGUCUUCUGUCUCCGUUCCAGACGAAGGAGCAAGCCAAGCCCCCCUGCCGCCUCUCCUCGCUGCGACCGCCGCGACGCAGGCGACCUGCUCUGCAGAGAAAGAGACAAACAAAGAGCCAGGCGCACACUCACCCGAAAAGGAGAUUCCAGACUCCAAGGAAAACGACGCCUCCUCUCUCCACUGGGUUCCUGGCUGGCUUCCCCUCCUCCAAGAGGCGAUGGGAAACACCGCUUCUUCUGCGUCUUCUCCUUCUUCUGCUUCUUCUCCUUCGUCAGCGCCAUGUCGUAUCGAGGAGGCUUCGGCCGCGCUUGCGGCGCAGCACUAUCAACUGGCGUUUUCGACUGUGAUGGUCCGCGACGCUUCGUGGCUUCACUCUGCAAUUGAGAUGAUUGCAGAAGCUUCCUCCCUACUGCCAGAGGGCGUCCUCGGCGAGGCGUUUGAGGAAGACCGGUGCUCAAGAGCCGCGCCUUCCGACGCCCAACUCUCUCCGACGUCGCGGCCCGAGGUUUCUCCGAAGUCGCGGAGCAACAAGGUAGGGCAACGGAACGCCGGGAUGGAAGAAGAGGCGACGGAAGAAGAGAAACUCGAGGCUCUCGGCCGAGUUGUCGAAGCAAAUUGUCUGGCCUUGAUGGACGACUACUUCGUCAACCACUUUGAAGCUCGGCUGAAAGCUGAAAAUGCUUCCUGUCGACUUCCUCCUGUCUCUCUCGAGUCCUCUCGAGCGACUCCGGCCUCGGCACCCGCUUCUUCUCCCUCAGUCGUGGUGAAGACAGGACUCUCUACGCUGUCCGCGAGCAAGGCGAAGCGCUUGUACCGAGCCGCUGCUCACUUGUACCUCCUCGGAAGUCUCUGCUCCUCCGAGCACUGCGUCCCGAUUUCGCGUUCGCUCUUCGCCAACGGAGCCUUGCUCCGGGCACUGCCGCCGCUCCUCCUCCUCUGCGCCAAGAAGGGUGGCUUCCUCGCCGCCGCGGUCGCUCGCGCGCUCCUCCAUUUGGCCGCCACAGGCUGCGGAGCGGCAACGGAGGAGAAGAAAGAGCAGCCGGAGACGGAGGAGGAGAAGGAGGAGGAGGAAAAGGAGAAGGAGGAGAAGGAGAAGGAGGAGGAGAAGGGGUGCGAGGAAGAGAUGACGGAGAAGAGCGAAGAGACAAGAGAUGAGAGAAGUCGCACGAUCUCGGAGGGACAUGAGGAGCGGGGGCGGAAGAGUGAUGCGAGUCGGAAGGAUCUGGUGGAGCUGUUUGGAGACACAAUCAUCACUUUUCUGCAUCUGUGUCUGCGAGAGCAAGCCGUCGACCCGCGAGGAAUCAAUGCACUGGGCUUCUUCUUCCUCGCGCCCGCGGUGCCCUUGGUUUUACAGACGAAGAAACUCAGAGACAGAAUCAUGGCAAACGGAGAGAAAGGCGACAGACAUAAACAGCUGCUCGGCUGCUACCUUGAAGUUCUCCUCAAAGCCCUGACAGAUCCGCAGUUUCGGCUUUUGGCGACCGGCAAUUUGCAGCUAGCGCGUCAUGUCUGCGAAGUGAUCUUGGAACUCUCUGCGUCUCCGGCAGGCUGCGCGCUCUUGCAGAGCAACAAAUUGGGGUGGUUUCUCCUGUGGCGUACUGCCAAGGAACUCUGGAAAACUGCGUGGAACAAAGGCGAACAUGCGGCUUGGGAGUUGAUCAUGACGAAAAGCAUUCGCGGGAGCGAAGUCGUUGCGCGAGAAGAAAUCGGAGCCCUCUGCAUGUGGGGCACCAGCAGCUCCGAAGGAGGCUGUGCGUACUGUCUCCGGUCGGACAACACAGUUCGUUUUCUGCGGCUCUGCCAGUCGCCACUCGCGGCAGACGCGCCUCUGUCGCCUGAAGCGCAGGCCGAAGCGCAGCAACUGAAGCAGCUGCAGGAAGAGAUGCAGCGCGAGUUGGAAGCGACCGAGAAGAGCGGCAGUGCGCGACGCAGGCGGCCGCCGAAGGCCCAGAAAGGCGCGGAGGACGAGCUGGACGCUGCGCGCGAACUACGCCUGGCGCUGUCGCCGCAUCUCCAGCGAGCCCAGAAGGAACUGCGUAAGAGACGGGCAGCGCGACAGAGGGCAGCGGACGCGCGAGAGCAGAGUCGCGAAGAAGCCGCAGCUGAAAACCAAGAGCGCUCCCUUCGGCCAGACCGGCAGGACGCAGUCGCCGUCAUUUGGCAACGGUCGUGUGCCUACCUGCGGGAGCGCCACAGAGAGAAAGAGGACGCGAGCGGAGCGAAGAAGGUCGAAGCGGCAGCGACAGAGAGAGACGAGGAGGCGAAGGAUGCGAGUGAGGAGCAAGAGAGCGAGAGCAAGGAGAGGAAGGCUGCGAAGGAGAAAGAAACCAGUCUCGAACUGUCGCCGUCGCUUCUGUGUGCGCUGGCAUGCAUUGGCGUCCACACCCACUGGCUGUGCCGCGCCGUCCAGCUCGGCUGCGCCAGCGGAGGUGAAGCGACGGGGGACGGGGAGCGUCUCCGUAGCCAGGCGAAGCACGGGAAGCGCGGAAGAGACAGCCGAUUCAAAGCUGGUCAGAGGAAACACAGAGCGAAGGAGCAACUCAAAAACGCAAAAGUCGAGGCACAGACAAAGGAAACUCGAGCGGAGACGGACGAGAAAGAAGCGGCGCCUGCCCCAGAUGUCUGUCGCCCUGAGGAGACUGUCGAAACUCUCACGCCUCCUCAAGAAGAAACGGAAAACGACCAACCCCCAGAAUCCUCAGUCCCAUCCCCGGCAUCUGUCUCCUCCUUGCCAACUGCCUCCUCUCCCGCUGUCGCCUCUCCCACUGUUUCUGCGCCGGCAGAAGCGGCGUCGGAUGCUUCCCCAGAGGCCGUCGAUGCAUGCACCGAAACUGGGCUGGCUUCUGCGUGUACUGCGGGUCUCGCCGCAGAGGCGAAGCUCGCUUUCUCGGCAUGUCCUGCAUGCGGCUUCGUCGCGUACUGCUCCGAAGAGUGCCGCAUCAAGGACCUGCCUCUCCACCUCUUCAUAUGUGCGGGGAGGCAUUGAAAAGGCACCCGCGCAGGCGGCUGCGCUGCGUUGUGAACUGCGGCAUUCAUCGCUGUGGAUAUCUCCCCUGCCUGCGCUGGGUCUUCCUCGUUUGCGUCCUGGAGUGUGUGGAACGCAUGCGCGUCGCAGUCUUUCUGGGUGCCAUGCGUGUCUCCUUGGCAAUCUAUGGGCAUUUCUCUACGAAAAGCGAAUGCACAUUCGCAUCAUCUGCAUGCAGCGAUAUAGUGACAGUGUGUGGAUCUGUCUGUUCUUGUUUUCGUGUAUGCGUAUAUGAGCGUAGCUGCGUAAGGUCGCCGUGCCUGGCGUUGCUCGGGGCUUUGCGCAGCCGUCUGGAGAGCCGGGCGAGUGCGUCGCGGUCGUCUCGUUUUUGCUGCUUGGUCUGUGAGCUUCAAAGGCUGCAUGCAUCGGUUGGUGCCGCGGACGUCUCGUUGGGUUUCCUGUUUUUUUCAGUGUGCAAGCAUCUGUGCAUGCGGAGCUUUGUGUCCAAAGAGCCUUUUGCUCGUUCACUCUGUCGCGCUUGAGCUUUUCCCCGUCCAAUUGGUAUUUGACGUCACACGAGUUCUUCGCACCUCUGGCGCGUUCACGUCGGACUUUCAGUUCCUCGGCUUUUCUUCUGUCUCCGUCGCUCCGUCCGAAACGAACAUUUCUCAAUCCUUUUCAUGUUUCUGCUCGCUCUCUCGGC